UCGAAUGCGUUUAUGUGGAACUCAGUGGAACUUAGGAAAGUUGCGCCUCAGAUCGCUUCCAUCAUUGCACUGCAUUGCACGCUCAUCACGUAAUUUUUUGAUUCCGAUAAAUGUAACGAGAAUCUUUCGUUGACGAACAGCCCGGAGACAUGGAAGAGACAUGUCUGGAGGAGGGACCUGCGGUAAAUUUCGAAAGAGCCACCCUAGAAAUCGCUAAUACCGACCCUAUUAGACCGUUGACGGAGAGCGCGGACAAUGCAUCGAAUCAAAAUUCGGCCUCGAGAAAUGUGUGCAACGUGCCAUUCAAGCAUAUAGAUGUUCAUACAUUUUUCACUGAUAGAAACGAAGUUGUGGAACGAGCGAUAAGCGACUGUACUGAAAAAUUGAUAAAGCAAAACGAUGAUGAACUUGUUGGAAGUUGGCUUCUGACGGAGAUAAGUCUAUGGGAUACGGAAAAGGAAAGACUCGUAUUAUUAGCGACAAAAGCCCUUUACUCUGUAAAAUAUGACUUUAUUUCUUUAAAGAUACUUGACUUUAAUCGAAUACCUAUAUUGCUGUUUGACACAAUAGUUACAGGAAAUAUAAUUUAUCCAUCCUCGUCUCUUGCACCACGAUUAAAUGGAUUAGCAGAAGGCGUGUCGUCUGUAAUUCAUUGUGCAGUACGUCAGGAAUGGUCGUCUAUCGCAGGUUGCUCUAAUCUUACUCAAUUUGAGCCUAGAAAGCGUCAUAUGUCAGGAAUAAGACUUAUGUGGAACAGAGGACAAUCUUUGUCUCUUAUAAAAAAGUGGAAUCCAUUUUCGAGAGAUAUACCGUGGCUUACAUAUGCUAGUCAUCCAUUGUUCUGGUACAAAGAUGGAACCGAGAUCGUUAAAACAAGAUUCGACAUAGAAGCCUUUAAUACUACGCUCAAAAGUUUACUACCUCGUGAAAGCAACAUUGUUAAUAUGCCCAUCAUUAUAGAAAAUUAUUGCGGUCUUGGUGCCUUAGUGCACAAUAGAAACGGCUUAGGUUUCUUCAAAGUGCGUGGCAAAAUAAGUUUCUAAUUUCUUUGAUCUCAUAGAAUUGCAAACAUUUCAAGGUAUUUCUUUAAGCUUGAUACUUUUUCUCGUUUUUAGAAUUUUUUCUUA